AUGACUGCCUCUGGGUUUGCCUCCGGAGGGAGCGUGCGUCUUUCUUCCAGGGUCAGAAGAGGUGCUGAGCCGUCCGCCAUCGGAAGCAUCUCCCUGACUCGAGGAGACCUGGUGGGCUCCACCGCCACAGCAGGGGCAGCCCGGCCAACGCCGACAGACAGGCUGGCCGCAGGACCCCACCCCGCGCCCCUGCGCGCCCCGGCUCGUUCCACACCCCACUCCAGCCCCUUUCGGUUCUCUGCCCCCUCCAUCGGCCUGGAGGGGUCUGGGCUGUCCGCCCGGGUCUCCGCGGGAGCCCUCAGGACCGCCUCACCCCAGCCGCGCCUCUCGGCGCAGACCAUCCGCGACGACGUCGCAUUCCGGAGAAAACCGGCUGACCUGCCAGUCUUCAUGCCCGCUCCCUCCCCGCCCACCAACCCCUCUGCCCCGCCCCCCUCCCCAGUCUCCGCACCUCCCCAUCUCCAAGCUCCUGCAUCUCCGUCCUUCGCACCGCACUGUCCCCCCGACCUCUGUCCCGCGCCCCCGCGUCCUUCGUACCCCCAUAAGCUCACUCCACGGUCCCCACACCUCCCCGUCCUCCGUGAAGCCCUCGGCCCCGGUCCCCAGCCCUCGGCGCCUCCCGGUCCCCGCGCCCGCGAGCCGCGCGGCCGGCGCGCCCAGGUGGAUGCGCGCGCGUGGCGUGGAGACGAGCUGGCACACCCUAGCCCGCCGGCCCCGCCCCCCGCGCCGCCGAUUGGCUCCCCGCGGGCUGGCCGGGCCCCGGUUGGCUCGCGCCGCGCGGCCGCCGGGCCCGUUUCACGGUGGGUAGCACCGCAGCGUGGAUGCUGCUCGGUCCCGCCGCGGCCCCCAGGAGCGAGGAGCCGGAGCGGCCGGGCGGGGCCGGGCGGGGGGCACCGCCGGGAGCCGCUGCUCCGCCCACCCCGGCCCGCGGCCGAGGGCAGCCCGGGGUCGCGGCCGCACCGUGCGGCCGCGGGCGGCGGACAAAGGGCCAUGCGGGGCCGGGAGCUGCGGCGCGGGGCGCGCGGGAGCCGGGGACCGCAGCGCCGCCGCUGA